AUGCGUACAAGGUGGAAUAGUUCCCUAUUUAUGAUGGAUAGACUAGUGAAAUUAAAAGAGCCUCUUACCAUAGUAAUGAUUUCACUAAAUGAUGCUCCUAGUAAUCUAAAUUCUGAGGAAUGGAACUGUAUUGAAGACAUUGUACCUCUUUUAAAACCUUUUGAUAGUCUAACUACAGAACUAUCAGCAGAGCAAUAUCCAACAAUAUCUAAAGUUAUACCAUUAAUACGAGGUAAUUUUUUAAAUAUAUUUAGAAUUAUUUUUAUAAAUUUUUUGAUAAAUAGAGUUAGUAGCGUUCAAUCGACUAGUACAAGCAGCAGUAGUGCUAUUGCUUUGAUGAAGCAAUACAUGAAUAAGCCAUAUCAUUAUCUGAACUGCAACAUCGUGGAAUAUUGGAGAGAUCACAAAUCAUUACUUCAUCCUUUAAGCGAAAUAGCCUUAAAAUAUAUUAUGAUUCCUGCAACAUCUGUACCUUCUGAAAGGAUAUUUUCAAAAGCAGGUCAAAUUAUGAGUGCUAGGCGUAACAGGCUGUUGCCUGAUAAUUUAGACACUCAUGUUUUUUUAAAUAAAAAUAUGCAACUUUUAAUAAUAUUUAAUUAUAACUUAAAAGUUCUAAGUUAUAAUAUACUAUUAAAAUAUUUUUAAGUACCUGAUGCUUUUUUUUUUUUUUACAGUUACACA